AUGGAGGUUAAUUCAUACUUUGAGGAACUCUGUACCCAGGUUUACAAUUACUACGGAAAAGCAAGGAACGUUGACCCAAAGAAACAUGCUUUGGUGAUGUUAAGGUCAAUGGGAGAGUUCUGGACCGAGGAGGAGCUGAAAAAUGCCCUUUCAAACCUAAAUUACGGACAGGAGUUUUUAAGCUUCACAGAUUUCAGGCGUUUAGCCAAAUCUAAGUGGUACGAGCCUACUAGUAAUGAGAAUGAGGAAGGGGAACAAGUAAAUGAGGACGGAUAUGGAAAUCAAAUAUAUAUGCACUCAGAAGAUAUCCAAAAAUUCAAAAACGCCUUCGAUAGGGUUUCAAAAUUCUACACAGGAAAUGAAGGGGAGAAUAAAACACUCCCUGUGAAUGUUCUUUACAACAUUCUUACUAAUUUUGAGGACCCUAUGCCCAAGAGGGUUGGAACCUAUUUGGUUUCCAACCUCAAUGUGUAUAAUAACGAGGUUUCAGCAAGGUCAUUGCUCUGUUUUCUUGCAAGAAGGGAAGAAUUCGGAAAUGUCGUUUGA